AGAAAGUUCGUUUGAUUUGAUUUUAGAAUGAAUUUCGGUUUAUUUUGUUAUAAUUACAAAUUUAUAUUAUAAUUACUGCAUCAAUAAGUAAAUAAUACUACUAUGGAUUAUUCGACGAUAAGCAAUAAAACAAAUUGCACAGAAGCUGAGGAUAUAACUAAUGGAGAACUUAGCGAACGAUAUUAUUUACUCAGGAAGCAAUUUGAAAAUUUAUCUAGCAGCUAUGAAAUAACUAAACAAGAGCUAUAUGAGACAAAAAGAAGUUAUCAAACCGCUCUUGACGUACAAGGACAUUUGACGGCGGAAUUAGAAGGAUAUCAAGCAGAUGAACAGAAAAGGAAGAGUGAGUUGAAUACACGUAUAACAUCUUUACAAGAAGAAAUUUCAGCCCUCAGAAGUGAACGAUCAGAAAUUCUUGAACGUCACGCAGUAGAGGUAAAAAAAUUCGAAAAUCAAAUUUGCAAUUUAAAAGAGGAGCAAGUUUUAAAAGUACGAGAGAGCCCGGAACGUGAUAACACAGAAUUAGAUGAAGCGCGCGCUGCUGUGAAUAUCGCAUUGUCCGAUGCAGCUGCAGCGAAAGUAGCGCUUGAGGAAGCAAGAAACGAGAUCAUAUCUUGGCGUAUGAAAGUGGAGGAGUUGGCAUCUGAGAUGGGUGAAAUGCGUGCAUCUGCUGAAUUGCGUAGAGAAGAACUGCGGGCAGCCAAUGAGCGUGAGGCGGCUACCAUCGUGGAACUAGCUGAAGCGAAGGCUAUGUUGCAUCAGUACACAGCAGAGGCCCAGGAUGCACAACCUCAUGCUGCCAAAGGAAACUCCAUCUUCGCUGAAGUUGAAGACAAAAGACAAGAAAUGGCCAAAAAUCUUAUACAUAUGAAACAAACAAAUUCUAGGUUAAGGAGAGAGCUGGCUAACAAGCAGGUGGAAGUGGAAGCCUUGCUACAUGAGAAACAGACAAUCUGGGAACAACAAGUUGGAGCGGCCGCACAUUACGACAGGGAGCUUAUUGAAAGUUAUGAGGAACGCAUCUCACAGUUGGAAGGUCUAUGUGAGAAACAGAGGCGUGAACUGGCGCGCUGGUUUGGGAAACUGUGUGAACCGACUGCAAACGGCUGGCUACCUGGGGUGCUGGAACACUUGAAAACUGAAUGCGAGCAGUUACGUACCGAAGUACUCUCCCAAGGCGCGGCACAGUUGGCCAGCGCGGCCCAAGUCCGAGAGUUACGCAGGAAAAUUGCUAUUCUAACAGCGAACUCAGCUAAAAUCACUUCACCCACAUUGGAUAUUAAGCCCAAAGAAAUCGACAUUAAGAAUGAUAUUGGAAUGCAAAAGGUUAUGCCUACAGUUAGACCGCAGAAACUCGGUCCCGAUGAUGUGAAGAAGAAAGUGUCUUUUAACUAAUAUAAUUUAAAGAAAUAUUGAUAAUGUAAAUAUUAUAAUUAUAGCAUAAAUAUUGAA